AUGUCCUCCUCUUCUGUUGAACCCCGUCCCAUCCGCCGUCUCCAAGAAUCCCUCAUAAACCGCAUUGCAGCCGGAGAAAUUAUACACAGGCCAGCUUCAGCGCUGAAAGAGCUCCUCGAAAAUAGCCUGGACGCUGGUGCCACGUCAAUACGCGUCAUAGUUAAGGAUGGGGGCAUGAAGCUCCUACAAAUCCAGGAUAAUGGGUGUGGAAUACGCAAAAGCGACCUUCCCAUCUUGGCGGAAAGAUUCACGACCUCGAAGCUCUCGACAUUUUCAGAUUUGUCGCGUAUAGCUACAUAUGGGUUUAGAGGAGAGGCGUUAGCGUCCAUCUCUCACGUUGCGCACCUCUCUGUCAUCACCAAAACCAAGUCGGAUACAUGCGCUUGGAAGGCCUAUUAUCUAGACGGAAGUCUCGUUGAACCCAAGCCAGGACAGACACCUGACCCAAAACCGUGUGCUGGUAACGACGGGACUAUCAUCAACGUGCAAGACCUUUUUUACAACACUCUGACGCGUCUUUCCAGUAUUCGAAGUACCUCGGAGGAGUAUGCCCGCAUCCUUGACGUUCUCACCAAAUAUUCUGUUCACAACCCUAAAAUUGCCUUCCUUUGCAAAAAAGCCGGUUCCGCAGCGCCUGAUCUUUCUACGCCUUCAGAUUCAGAGAUUUCCCAUGCGAUCCGAUUGCUUUAUGGUCACAGUAUAGCGAAGGAGCUUAUCAACGUGAAGGAAGACAAUGACGAAUCUGAAUCGUGGAGUGCUGAAAGCUAUUUCACAAAUACAAAUUAUCAGGCAAAGAAGAUGGUCUUCCUAUUGUUUAUCAACCAUCGCUUGGUGGAGUCUCCCAGAAUGAAACGCUCUCUUGAAGCCGUUUAUCACACUAUUUUACCGAAAGGCGCGUCGCCUUUCGUAUACUUAAGCUUGAACAUCGACCCUCGAGCGGUGGAUGUCAAUGUGCAUCCAACAAAGCGAGAAGUGCACUUUUUGAACGAGGAUGCCAUUAUUGAGCGUGUUUCGGACGCAAUCCAACAAGCCCUGGCUGCUCAAGGAAAGUCAAGAGCUUUCGAGUAUCAAGUAACUUCUUUAUCGUUUAGUUGCGUUCCAAAAAAUUCGAAGAGGAUGAGUGCUGACCUCUUUGUAGCUGGAAUUGUAAUCAAGAAAAGGACCUAUUCCCAACACAAAGUCAGAACGUCACUCCAAGAUAGAACUCUGGAUUCGAUGUUCCCCGUUGUUAAUCCGGCUCAAUUGGAGAAAUCUUCGGCCAACCCUUCAGAUACCCAAAGCCCUACACCCAAAUCUCGAGACAUCAAGGAAUCUGAAUGUUUCCUCACCUCUGUUCAAGACCUUAGAAAGGCUUUGGUGAAAGGGAAACACAGACAAUUGACCGAAAUUCUUGAGAAACAUACUUUUGUUGGAAUUGCCGAUCUUCAGCGAUGCCUCUCCCUGAUCCAGUAUUCGACCAAACUGUACCUCAUUAACCAUGCUGCACUAGCUGAUGAACUCUUCUAUCAACUUGGAGUGCGCCAAUUUGGCGAUUUUAGUCGCCUCAAAUUGGAACCUCCACCUAUCCUUCGCGACAUGAUAGAAAUUGCCGUCAAUGCUGAAAACUCUACGGAGGACAGCCCAUUGAGCAAAACUCAGAUCAUAGAUCGAAUCGAAGACAUCCUCAUGACCCGACGGGAGAUGUUGGCGGAAUAUUUCUCUCUCACCAUUUCGGAGUCUGGUCUUGUUGAAAGUCUUCCCCUGCUACUACGGGAUUACAUUCCAAAUCUCGAUAACCUUCCAAGUUUUUUGAUGCGUCUUGGACCUCAGGUGGACUGGACAUCGGAAAAAGAAUGUUUCGAGUCUUUUCUUCGAGAAUUGGCUUACUUUUACACUCCAUUGUCUCCAUUGCUGCGAGACCCCUCUGAAUCUGAGAGUCAUGCUGAUCAACUGAAAGCUGAACAGUGGCAGAUCCAACAUAUUCUCUUCCCAGCCAUGCGUCGGUACCUUGUAGCGCCGAAAUCCCUCCUUGAUCGAGAUGUUGUCCAGAUAGCAAAUCUCCCUGACCUUUACAAGGUCUUCGAGCGAUGUUAA